AUGGUGGUUCAUAUUUUAGGCAAGGGUUUCAAAGGAAAAGAGGUAAUAAGAAUCGCAUUAGCAUCGAAAAUGUACGGUGUUGGGCUAAAAACGUCUGAAAUGUUGUGCUCGAAACUGGGAUUUUAUCCAUGGAUGCGCAUGCACCAGCUAUCAGAACCGCAAAUUAUGAGUUUAACUAGUGAGCUCUCUAACAUGACAAUUGAGGGUAAUGCUCGAGCCGUGGUCAAGGAGAACAUUGCCUUGAAGAGAAGAAUCGGGUCUUACGAGGGUAUGAGACAUGCCUUGAACUUACCGGUACGCGGACAACGCACUAGAAAUAAUGCCAAAACAGCCAGAAGGCUCAAUCGAGUUGAUAGACGUGGGUUCCAUACCGAUUCUAGUGUGGAAAACAACAGGACAACUUCCCUUUGGAAUAGGUUUAUCUCCAGGCUGAUCUGA